GUCAACUCACAAAACAUUUUGGCUAUUUCGGCUGUAUUCCGUUUGCCUGUCCAAAUCAAAUAAAAAAGUAUUUGUGCUUAAUACUGCUUAUGUGCAACCUUGAGUUUGAUGUUUGUUUUGUUUUGGUUUUGGACACAAAUUUUAGCUUUGGCGUUUGUGCCAAAAGUUAGGUAAGGUCAUUUCUAAGCGAAAUAGACCUUCUUCAAAUAUAUUGAAAACGAAUAGGUACUUUUUUUGGCCCACCUAGUAACCUCAAAGGGUUAUCCUGGCUUCUCCGGACGUGUACUGUGUAGGUGAGCUCGCGGGGCUCAACCUGCUGACCUGCUAACGCUAGCCUGGUAAGGGCUGUAGUGUACUAAACUGAAUAAUGGAUGAUGAAAACCUAGAUGAAACAGUUUUUCUCACACGUUUUCGAAGCCCGUCCUUUACCAAAGAAGAAGUUAUGCUAAUAUUGAAUUUAAUUGAGAAAUACAAAGAUGCCUUACUUAAUAAACUGACUAGCUCGUUUGCAAGCCGUACCAAAGAAAUUACCUGGAUGAAAAUAACGAAAGAGUUCAAUAAACUGAACCCACGCCAUAUAAGAACCAUGGAAAGUAUUAAAAUGAAGUGGGAAAACCUUAAGAGAGAUGUAAGAAAACUAUCAAACAAUUUGUUGGACAUAAACAUUGACCAGUUGGAUGAAGUAAAAAGUCGGGUCGUGUCAAUGAUGUGUGAAGCGGAUAACAGGACUGAAGCUGCAAAAUUAAACAUUGACUUAAAAUUAAAUGAUUUUGAAGAACAAGAUGAAAUUGUAACAAAUGUGGCAGAAAAUGAAACUUCAGCAACACAUGAAGAAAUAUAUUCUAACAAUAGCAGUAGUUAUGAUGAUGAUGAGGGUGAUAUGACAAGAUCUCAAAGAAGUCCAGGUUUUAGAAGAGAUGAAAUAAUACUAUUAAUAUCAUUGAUUGAGCAAAAUCUGAAUAUAAUCUUGGACAAAAGCACAAAAACAACAAUAAAUGUAGCCAAAGAAAAAACUUGGAUGCAGAUAGCUGAAAUGUACAACAAACAGAACAAACAAAAUAGAAUCCAGCGCACUGGAAAUCAGUUGAAAACGAAAUGGGAAAAUCUGAAGAAAAUGGUGAAAAAAUGUAGGAAAGGCUCUAAAUAUGACCAGCAUGAUUGGGAUAGUAUAUUAGAUAAGGUCAUUGAAAUAAUAUCGUUAUCUGAAAAUAAAAAUAAGGAAUUUGAUCCUAAUGAAUCUAACUGUGAGUUUAACGAAUUGGAUGUAUUGAAUGGCCUGGAUAAUACCACAAACGGACAUAGCUUUGAAGACAAUAUCUCUGAUGAUUAUACAGCCAACAAUGCUACCAUAAGAGAUAGAAAAAGUAAAUUCUACGAUACAUCAAGAAAAUUUUCACCUCACGAAUGUAAAUUGCUCAUGCAAUGUGUGAAACAAGAAAAGAAAUCGAUGGCUGUACCGAAUUCGAAAUCCAAUAAAUUUAAAAGUUUGGCUUGGAUUAGGAUAACUAAAUCAUACAACAGGCUGAGUCCUCAGAAGAGAUCCACCAAAAUGCUCAGAAGCAAGUUCAAUAACUUGACGAGAUUAGCAAGAAAGAUUAGCUUCAAAGGUCCAAUUGUGAAUAUGUACAAAAAUCGUGGCUGUGGUAACGGGGACGAUGGUCGCGAGUAUAUCGUAAAACGAGAGCCUUCCGAAAAAGACUAUUCUGAUCUCGAUGAAAUAUGUGAUGAUGAUAAUGAUGCAAUCCCUCGCAACGAUGACCACAAUACUGUGAAUGCAACGGAUUUCAUUCAGGACCCACUGAUGACAGUUCUAAAUGCGGAUUCCGGUAUAGAUGUAACACAGACAGAAGACAAAGAGGUGACCAAGUUAAAAAUAGAAUUGUUGAGUUAUAAAAGGGAAACUGCCAAGCUUGAAAGGAGAAGGAUUGAGAAUGCUAUGGAAUCGGAUGCAUUAGAAGCAUCGUUGCGAUUAAGGGCUGCUAGACUUGAAGCCGUCGCGGCCGCCACGAAGCUACCCCGAUCCCACCCCGCCCUCGGAUUCACCCCCGAAGAAGCUAGGGCCGAAGAAUAUCUGCUUCGGUAUCAGAAUACCUGAUGUAACCGUAACGUGUUUGGGGUUGGUUACAAUAUUAGCGAAACAUUCGUUUGAGGUUAGAAUGAAUCUUAACGCAUUUACUAAAAUUAGAUUCAUUGUUACGAUCGUCAUUAAUAUUUUAGAUAAAAUGAAGACUGAGUUAUCUGUUAAGUGUAUCGUAUUGUUUGUAGGAAUUUAAUUAUAAAAUUGAAUUAAUAUUACAAAAUUGGAUACCAAAGCCAAAGGCCGAAUAUAUUUCGUACUUUGUUCUUUUUUUAAUUUACAAAAAUGCGAUUUUUUGAAAAAUAGUAAAUUACCUGACAUGAAAUCUGUCGGAUGUUGCGUAAUUAUCUAAUAUGAAUAAAUGAUAACCAAUAAAUGUAUGUACAAUAUUAAUAAAUUUUGAAAAUUUUCUGAAAGGUUUUCGAGUUUUUAGCUCUGGUAUUAUUAAAUUAUUUUUAGACUAUAAACAAUAAAACUCAAAGUAGAUAUGAAAAUUUGUAUAUUUUAUUUGAUUGCGUUUUACAAGACGAUUAAAUUAUUAUUAUUAUUAUUAAAA